AAUUUCAUGUUCUCAAAAAGUAAUUUGAGAUCUUUAUCAAUCACAGAGCAAGGCAGCGAUAAGGCGCGGGCGGCCAUACAAAGCCGCCCACGCAGGCACGGGUCCCCCGCCUGUGGUCACCUGCCGCGUCGCGUGUCACCACAAGCUCCCAAAAGCACGCGGUCAACAGCCUCACCGCACGUCGCAGCGGCAACCAAAGAAAUGGCGGCGCCGUCGUCCUCCCUCGCCUCGUCCUCCCACCUCUCCCGCCACGCCACCGCCGCCCCAUCGCACUCAUCUCCGCAGCAGCUCCGGCUCGGGUGCUUCUCCCGCCGCGGCGCGCAGACGCAGCAGCAGCGCGUGCGGUGCCGGUGGGCCGGCCGGGUGGCGCCGAGGCGGCGCGCGCCAGGUGUCUGCUUUGUUGUCUCACCCAGCCAGCCAGGCCUUGCUGCAAUCGAUGUGCCAGCAGCGACGAUUCCUAAUGACACGACUACGAGCGUGCCCGAGCGUACUUCCGUGUCCUCGCUUUUGGAGGUCGUAUCGGACGACUUGCUGAAGCUCAACAACAAUCUGAAAUCACUUAUUGGUGCAGAAAAUCCAGUUUUGGUUUCUGCGGCUGAACAAAUUUUUGGUGCUGGUGGAAAGAGAUUAAGACCAGCAUUAGUUUUUCUGGUGUCUAGAGCAACUUCUGGAUUAGCUGGUUUGUCGGAGCUAACUGCAGAACAUCAACGCUUGGCAGAGAUUAUCGAGAUGAUUCACACUGCAAGUUUAAUACAUGAUGAUGUCAUAGAUGAUAGUGGAAUGCGAAGAGGGAAGGAAACUAUUCAUCAGCUAUAUGGUACACGGGUGGCUGUACUUGCUGGAGAUUUUAUGUUUGCACAAUCUUCUUGGUUUCUUGCAAACCUAGAAAACAUUGAAGUGAUAAAGCUGAUCAGCCAGGUAAUCAAAGAUUUUGCAAGUGGCGAGAUAAAACAAGCAUCUACUCUUUUUGACUGUGAUGUCACCCUUGAUGAUUACCUUCUCAAGAGCUACUACAAAACUGCUUCUCUGAUUGCAGCAAGCACUAGGUCAGCCGCCAUAUUCAGUGGUGUCAGCACCACUAUUUGUGAACAAAUGUAUGAAUAUGGCAGGAAUCUUGGGCUCUCCUUCCAGGUAGUUGAUGACAUUCUGGACUUCACCCAAUCAGCUGAACAACUUGGCAAACCAGCAGGAAGUGACUUGGCAAAGGGAAAUCUGACAGCUCCGGUCAUCUUCGCUUUGCAAGAUGAACCACAGCUAAGGGAGAUCAUUGAUUCCGAGUUCAGUGAGACGGAUUCGUUAGCUGCUGCCAUAGAGCUUGUUCAUAGAAGUGACGGAAUAAGGAGGGCACAUGAGCUUGCAAGAGAGAAGGGUGAAUUAGCAAUCCAAAAUCUGCAGUGCCUUCCGAGAAGCGACUUCAGAAGUACCCUUGAGAAGAUGGUAAAAUAUAAUCUUGAAAGGAUUGAGUAGAUGGAUUACUUGAUUGCUCCAUCGGAUACAGACCUCUUUUGCAGGUUUGAAGUACUCCCAUAUAAAUACAGCUUUUCAGCCCCUUUCAGAAGAUAUGAUUUCAAAAGAAGUUCAGAGGAAUUGCACUAUUUCAUACAUAUUCUGGGGAAUCCCUGUGAAGCAGGCCAUUACUAUCAUGUUUGAUUCUGUGAGAUGAUUUAUGCAGGAUCAUCAGAAAACAAGGACUUCACCACAUGCCCGAACACCUUGUGCCUACAUGUAUCUGAGCUUACUUUGCAGCUCUUAAACUUAGCAUUCUUUUGUUUUGCAAUUUGCGCAUGCUUACAGGCAACAAAUUAUGCGCCAUACUUGUACGGGCACCCGACAGGCUGACACUUGUAUAACAUUUGUGCACUCUGGAUCGAUGGGAUGUAUAUGUUUCUCUGGGA